UGAAGCCCAACCCAUUUCAUCAAACAUCCACAUUUCCUCUCUUCCCUCUCCUUUCUUGCCUGAUUCGUGAGCCAAAAACAUGGCAACUAAUAAGCAAGCACUGCUGCUAGCUUUAUCCCUCUCUCUGCUUGCUUCAGUAGCACUUGGGCGGCAGUCGCAAACCCGGCUGAGCCGGGCGCAGCAGUGCCGGUUCAACCAGCUCACGAGGUCCCAGCCGUCUCGACGGAUCGAGUCGGAGGGCGGUGUCACUGAUGUGUGGGACGAGAAUGAGGACCAGUUCCAGUGCGCCGGGGUUGCCCCGCUGAGGAACAUUUUGCAACCCAACUCCCUCUCCCUCCCCAACUUCCAUCCUGCCCCUCGCCUCGUCUACAUUGAGCGAGGCCAGGGAUUGCUAGGAGUGCAUUUCCCAGGAUGUGCAGAGACAUUCCAGUCGCAGCAGUCCUCCACGGAGGGCGGACGGGAACGAGAACAGGGACGCGGCCGCAGCGGCCAGGACCAGCACCAGAAGAUCCGCCGGAUCCGCCGUGGUGACAUCGUGGCCCUCCCUUCUGGUGUAGCCCAUUGGUGCUUCAAUGAUGGCGAUGAGGACCUCGUCGCAGUCUCCAUCACCGACCUUAAUAACGAGGCCAACCAACUCGACCAACAUCUCAGGGCGUAUUACCUAGCGGGCGGGCAGCAAAGGCACGACCGCCGAGGCGAACGAGGACCAGAGAAUUUCCAAAACAUACUGCGCGGAUUCGACGAGGAAUUUAUGGCCGAAGCCUUCAAUGUAGACAGAGAAAUCGUGAGGAAGAUGCAAAGGCAGGACGAAAGGGGACUAAUCGUCAAGGUCCGGGAAGGGAUGGGCGUGAUCAGGCCCGAUGAAAGGGAAGAAGAAGAAGAAGGCGAAUGGGGAAGGAGAUUGAACGGAAUCGAAGAGACUUGGUGCACCAUGAGGCUUCAUCACAACGUCGAUGACCGGAGAGAAGCCGAGGUCUACUCGAGGGAAGGCGGCCGGCUUAACGUUGUUAACCGAAAUAAGCUUCCGAUUCUACGGUACAUGGACCUGAGCGCUGAGAAAGGCCACCUUUUCCCGAACGCGCUAUACACGCCGCACUGGUCGAUCAACAGCCACAGCAUCGUCUACAUAACUCGCGGCGAGGGUCAGGUGCAGAUCGCCGACCACAGGGGACAGAGCGUGAUGAACGACCGCGUGAGCCAAGGCGACAUGUUCGUGGUCCCUCAGUUCUACGCAGCAACGAUGAAAGCGCAAAGCAACGGCAUCGAAUGGGUUUCUUUCAAGACCAACGGCUCGCCGAUGAGGAGCCCCGUCGCGGGUUACACUUCUGUCCUCAGGGCCAUGCCCCUUCAAGUCAUAUCCAACUCGUAUCAGAUCUCUCCGGGUGAAGCCCAGAACUUGAAGUAUAACCGCGGUCGCGAAACCGUCAUGGCAUCUCCCAGGAGGUCUUGAAAAAUUUCGGUAUAUGGACUAUGUAUGUAUCCCUGUUACUACUAAUAACUACUGCUGCUACUGUGACUCUGGCUAGUUAAUAACGCGUAUGUAUAAGUCAAGUCUUCAAUAAAAUGAUGCCUUC